CCACCGACCGCGCGCUGAGCGCGUUCACUCUCUUUCCCGGUGUAUUUCUGCUUCUAUCCUCACAACUCCGUUUCAGCACCACUGGAGCUGUUCACCCGCGGAGCAUUCUAUCAGUUUGUUGAUCCUAUUAAAGUGAAUUUGGAAAAGACGAAGCUCAGAACGAGGCUGAAGCAUCUUUAAGAGCGCGUAGCCUACAUCUCUCUUAGCGCGUUAACAACAAAUGUGCUGCCUCAGAAUACUCACUAUAUCACUACAUCGCCUCAGUGGUUCUAAAAACGCUUAAAAAACGUCUCGCCUGAAUGCCGAAAACUUUCCAGGAAUAUUUAGGAGCAUUUGAGGGGAUUUUCGUUUCAUUUUCUUUCAGUAAUACCCACUGAGUGAAAGUAAUACUUUUGGAGCUAUUUAAAGGCGGAAUACAGAGUGAACGCUGCGAUCUGCGGGGGAUUCAGAUUUACAGUCCCUCUGUUUACACGGUCCUUCUUUGCAGACGGUUCAGUUUGGAAGUUUCUGAGUUUCCUGACGGAAGAAAAUGGGCAUAACUGGCUAUUUUGUGCUGCCGUGGAAAUGUCUGGUUGUUGUGGCUCUAAGACUGCUGUUCCUUGUACCCGCAGGAGUGCCAGUGAGAAGCGGAGACUCGUAUUUAAAGGACAACAUCACUGUCAGACAGGGAGACAGUGCCGUCUUGAAGUGCAAUGUGGACAACAAAGUGUCACGGGUGGCAUGGCUCAACCGGACAACUAUUCUCUUCACUGGCAAUGAAAAGUGGUCUCUGGACCCCCGGGUGGUCCUACUAAGCACAGCAGUCACUGAAUACAGUAUAAAGAUUCUAAAUGUGAACUUAUAUGAUGAGGGCCCUUAUGUAUGUUCCAUUCUCACAAACAAGAAACCGGAGUCAACGAAAGUGCACCUCAUCGUACAAGUUCCUGCCAGGAUUGUAAACAUAUCCACAGAUGUGUCUGUGAACGAGGGAAGUAACGUAACCCUCAUGUGUCUUGCCAUCGGACGACCUGAACCCACCAUUUCAUGGAAAUUUCGCUCCUCAAAAGGUAGCAAAAUUAUAACCGAUGGCGAGUAUGUGCAAAUGUAUGGAAUUACCAAAGAGAUGUCCGGGUCAUACGACUGCAUCACUUCAAAUGACAUCUCGCCUCCAGACGUGAGGACUGUUCAGGUUACCGUAAACCAUCCACCUGUCAUUUCGCGAGCUCGGAGCACAGGAACGGCUGUCGGCCAGAAAGGGGUUCUAUGGUGCGAGGCGUCAGCCAUUCCUCUGGCGAAUUUUGAAUGGUAUAAGGGGGACCGCAGACUCUUCAACGGACUCAAUGGGGUCAAGAUCGAAAACAAGGGUAAACAAUCCAUGCUAACGUUCUUUAAUGUUUCUGAAGAGGAUUACGGGAACUACACCUGUGUGGCCAUGAACACGUUGGGGAUAACAAAUGCAAGCAUUAUUUUGUAUGGCCCCGGAGCAAUACAUGAUGUGAACAAUGCAGCCUUAUCACCAACCAGCUCGUUCUUGCUUCUAACUCUCUUUCUUACGCUCUCGUUCCUGAGCAAGUUUUGAUGCUAAAGCACCGCGUCUGCUUCUCCGUACAAACACAGACUCACAGUCCCACACACAGAGGGAAUACUUUAUCGGUAUCAUUAUCAUUAUUACAUUUAAAUUAUUUUGCCUUAUAUUUUAUUUCUGAAAGAAAGAGUCAGUGUGGGUUUAUGGGUCUGUAAUAAGAUGCUUUGGGAUUUAACCGUGUUUUGAAACAGUGAACUGGACUGUGAAUGGAGUCAGUUUGUUAGCUGGGUAGAAAUAAUAAUAGAACCACUAUAUGUGUCUCUCCAACAUUUUGUAUGUGAAAAGAAAAGCAAAAAUUAAUGUAAUCGUGAAUAACUGAAUGGUUAUUUUGGUCAGUAUUGAACUGUGUGACUUGAGGUUACUGGUGUGUCCUGUUUCCUUGUAAAAUAACAUGUUUUUCUUUUUUAAUAUCUAUAAAAAUGAUAAACAGCAAAAAAGAACAAAGUGUUAAAAAAAGAAAACGUGACAUUUAAUUUAAUGUACAUGUACAGAUGUAUGCAAAUACUGUUCAUACCACUGAUCUAUAAUAUAGAACUGGAUUGCGGAUGACGUCAUAACAGUGAAGCCACUGUGCCACCAUAAUGCUAUGCCCAAACAUUCCAGUGUGCCUAUUGACUUAAUAGAAAGUCUUUUCAUUUCAGUGAGUAAAAAUGGGCCAUGUAAUCACCGAUUUAAUAUCCAAAAUCUGCCUGUACAUCCCUACAAUGCAAAUGUCCUGCACAUGUUAUUUAUUUAUUUAUUUAAAGGUCCACUCAACAUUUUGUUUGUGCCAUCUCUGACUUACAGUGACACUUAGUGGUGUGGAUGCAGCAUCAUUCAAAAUCAUUUACAUUUAUAACAUUUACAUUUACAUUUAAUCAUUUAGCAGACGCUUUUAUCCAAAGCAACUUACAAAUGAGGAGAACAACAGAAGCUAAUCAUCCUAGGGAAACAGCAGUAAGAGAAGUGCUGUAAUACAAGUUUCAAAAUAGUUUCAAUAGUUUUCAGUUACAGAUGCCAUUGUAGAAAUUCACUAUUCACAAUCAGCCAUGAUUAAUUUAAUCCAAGAGUGAAAGUGUCCAAUAACAAGACAGUUACAGAGAUUAAGCGAGUGGUAUUCAGCUGGUCAUGUGAUUCUAAAAUGGCUGCUCCCAUGAGGACACCCCUGCCCUAUGUAGGAUAAAACAGUUUAUUGUGAACAUCAAAAUGUUCG